AUAAUUCGUGUAUGGAGACAACCCAUUUCAAUUCAAUCCGAAAGCGAUUCCCAAACCCCAAUGAUUCACACUCGCUUUUAAAUCCCAACGCCAAUACCACCUCUCCACUACCAGUCUACCACCCACUACAAUGGCCACAGACGCCUCCCCGAAAUUCCUGGGCGUGCCGAAAUCCCCGGACUUCCAUACCGAAAUAUCGGUAUCGCCGCCCACGACCCACGACGGCCUAGAGUUCUGGCAGUUCAUGAUUGCCGGUUCCGUGGCGGGCUCCGUCGAGCACAUGGCAAUGUUUCCGGUCGAUACUCUGAAAACCCGAAUGCAGGCCAUCGGUGGGUCUUGCGCUAUUGCACCGGUUGGUGUCCGGCAAGCCCUCGGCUCCAUUUUGAAGGUCGAGGGCCCUGCUGGACUCUAUCGCGGUAUUGGGGCAAUGGGGCUCGGCGCAGGACCGGCCCAUGCCGUGUACUUUUCUGUCUAUGAGCUCUGCAAAGAGGCCUUUUCGGGUGGGAACCCGAAUAACUCGGCUGCACACGCCGUCUCGGGGGUUUUCGCGACGGUGGCAAGCGAUGCCGUGAUAACGCCGUUGGAUAUGGUGAAGCAGAGGUUGCAGCUGAAGAGUAGUCCUUACAAGGGUGUGGGUGACUGCGUGAAGAGGGUAUUGUUGGAGGAGGGAAUCGGAGCUUUCUACGCGUCGUAUCGGACUACGGUGGUGAUGAAUGCUCCGUUCACGGCGGUUCAUUUCGCGACCUAUGAGGCGGCGAAGAGAGGGUUAAUGGAGGUUUCGCCGGAGAGUGCUGGGGAUGAUGAGAGGUUGAUUGUUCAUGCCACCGCUGGAGCUGUUGCUGGGGCUUUGGCUGCCGCGGUGACAACUCCACUUGAUGUUGUCAAAACUCAGUUGCAGUGCCAGGGCGUCUGUGGUUGUGAUAGAUUUUCAAGCAGUUCGAUUGGGGACGUUGUCCAAAGCAUCGUGAGAAAGGAUGGAUAUCGUGGGCUUGUCAGAGGAUGGAUACCCAGGAUGCUCUUCCAUGCACCUGCUGCUGCAAUCUGCUGGUCUACUUACGAAGCUUCAAAAACCUUUUUUCAACAGCUCAGUGGCAGCAACUGAAAGUAUUUGAGUCACACAAACCCAGCCAUUGUCCAUAUUAGUGGUGCUGGUAGUUCACACUUCACAGGGGAAGCAUUGGGAUCAAAUACUUUUCAUAAUUAAUAUAUCAUUGGGUGGGAAUUAUAAUGGUGGUUGUAUUCCACUCUCUUGCUCUAUUUUCCAUGAGCUGUGAAAGUUCUAAACAAUUGCCCCAACGUUACGUUAAUUUUUGAGGUUGACAUAUUGUUGGGUCAUAUUUGGUCUAGAAAUAUUAAGCAGCUUUUUACUUGUA